GUACUUUGGAUUGAUGUUGGAUGUUAGUGUGUCAGUAUAUCUGAAGUGUUUAGCAUGGCACUGUUUUCUUUGUCUGUUUUGUGUUUGCUUCUUUUGGACUCUCAGCGCAGCUAUGGAGGUAUGAAAUAGUAUUUAUGUUGCUUGUAAAUUUCUUUAUUUUGAUUAUUUAGAUUAAUUUAUUACAUUUUUACUCUUUUGAAAAAAUCUAUCUGAAUAGAACGAGACAAUCGAUACACUUGAACACAAACGCUCUGUAUUUUAUUUUGACCGCUCCAGGUCCGGUGUUCCUCCCGGGUCCAGCCGCAGACAGUGUCCUGCAGAGACACAAACGCGCCAACACCGGUGUGUUUGAGGAGAUCCGUGAAGGGGACUUGGAGAGAGAGUGUACAGAAGAAGUGUGCGACCUAGAGGAGGCCAGGGAGAUCUUUGAGAAUGAUGAAAAGACGGUGAGGACUUAUCAUGUUAUUAUUUUGAUUUCAGCACAUUCCUGUUUCCCCAGCUUCACUGAUUUCAGAUUGUACUUUGUGUUUUAGAUGGAGUUCUGGGCAAGAUAUAUAGGUAAAAGGAAGAUGGUUUCUCUGAGAUUUCUAAUCAUUGCUGCAGUUUUUCCUUUCACCUCAGGUUGAUUUCCUGAUAUACUGUAAACCGGUAUUCUGUGUCUGUUUUCCUUCAGAUGGCAAUCAGUGCAAAUCCAACCCGUGUCUGAAUGGAGGGUCAUGCACAGACCACCUGGGCUACUACUCCUGCUCAUGUUCAUCUGGGUUCACAGGCAGAAACUGUGGGAUUAGUACGUAAUGCUGUUUUAAAAAAAACCUCAUCAAAAGAAAUGUGAUUUUUAUGCUUCAUGAUACAGAUAUUCUCCAAAGAUGGGAUGAAAUCUGAUCAGAUUGGUCUCAAAGGAGAACCAUCCUGAUGCUUUUUCUUCUGUUUUCUAAAUUGAAUCAAUCGCCUGCAGACUCUGUUGUUUUAGCUCCCAAAUUAGAUCGUUUGUUCUUUUUCGGAUGUUCUAUAAACAGCAGCUCCAGUGCCCUCGCUCUGAGUCCUGUCUGCAUCUACUUGAAUUGUGCGUUUAUUUGACAGUUUGAAAGGUUUUGAGGAGAAGUCACAAUUAUUCAGGUCUGUCUUGCAGCAGUUAAUAUGUGCCUUUGUGAAUAUGCUCUUUCUCUUCCUUAGCUAUAGCGAAAAGGUGUGAUGUGAAUAAUGGAGGCUGUAUGCACUUCUGUGAAUCCAUGGAAACCUUUGGAGCGAAGUGUUCAUGUGCGAAAGGAUACAGGCUAAAGCAGGAUGGCGAGAGCUGUGAAGCAGAUGGUAUCAACCUCCUUUUGAUAUAUUCUCAGCAAAACGUCUUCCUCUUAAUUCCUCUGUGUAAAUCCUCUUUUCCCACACCCAGCUGAAUUCCCCUGUGGCAGAACCGCUCUGACACCGUCCAGCUCGGUACUCUCAAGAUCUCUGCUAGACCACAUGAACAUGAGCCUGAAGAGCAACGCUUCACUAAUCAACACCACCUCAACUACAUCUCCUCCUUCUACUUCAUCCAGCUACACCACGUCUACUCCAACUGUAGGAUACCAACCUGUGAAGAAACUCCCCCUGUGGGUGAUCGGAGAGCACGAGGCCCUCACUGAAGAGCAGCCUCGGCCUCAUAAACGCAUCGUGGGAGGCAAGGAGGUGCUUCCAGGAGAGGUCCCAUGGCAGGUAUUGGAUGGGAGAAAAAGUUCAGUACAUGUAAGACUUUGACAUCUGAAGCUGCAGGUUCUUCAGUUCCUCUCUAUCUUUUAUUCAGGCGGCCUUAAUAGCUCGUCCCAGCGGUCAGUUAUUCUGUGGGGGCUCCGUUCUCAGCGAGAGGUGGGUUAUCACUGCAGCUCACUGCCUGGUGGAGGGUCAGGGCUCCUACUUUGUCAGACUGGGUAAGAUUCAAUUCCACUUCUGCCAAACCAAUAGCUGAUCAAUAUAUUAUUGAUGAAAUAGUCUGCUAUUUUGUGAAAGGACAAACAUGAUCGCUUUAGAAACUUUAUUUUGGUCAGUAGUGGCAUUUUUUUCACACCACAAAUACAGAAACAGAAAAGAAAAUACUUAUAUUAUUAGAUAGAAAAGCCCUUUUUUUCUUUCUUUCUUUCCUUUUUUCCUUUUCUUUCUUUCUAUCCGUCUUUCUUUUUUUCUUUCUUUACUUUUUUUCCUUGUCUUUCCUUUCAUUCUUUCUUUCCUUUUCUUUCUUUCUUUCUUUCUAUCCAUCUUUCUCUCUUUCUUUCUGUCUUUCUUUCUUUCCUUUUUUUCCUUGUCUUUCCUUUUACCUUUUCUUUCUUUCUCUCUUUCUUCCUUUUUUCCUUGUCUUUCUCUCUUUCUUUGUCUUUCUUUCUUUCUUUCCUUUUUUUCCUUGUCUUUCCUUUUACCUUUUCUUUCUUUCUCUCUUUCUUCCUUUUUUCCUUGUCUUUCUCUUUCUUUCUUUCCUUUUCUUUCUCUCUUUCUCUCUUCCUUUUUCCUUGUCUUUCUUUCUUUCCUUUUCAUUUUCCUUUCUUUUUUCUUUCUCUCUUUUGUCCCCUUUCUGUUUCUUUUAUUCUUUUAAUUCUUUUCUACCUUAAUACCUGAAUCCUCUUUAAUAAUUGUUUUUAAACAGUUGUCUUUAAUGUUUAUUUUCUUUCUUUGGUCUUUCUGUCUUUUUGUUGUUGUUGUUCUUUCUUCCCUUUAUUUCUUUCUUUCCUUUUUAUGUCUAAUUAUUUUUGUCCUAGCUUUGUCUUUUUUUCUUUCUUUUCUGUUUUCUUUUCUUUCUUCAAGCACACCUUUGUCACUUAUUUAUUUUUAUUUUAGUUUUUCCUUUUUACAUUUCAAUCUUUUUUUUCCCGAACCUUCAGAGUGUCUUUCUCCGUCUAUUUGUACUUCAUUUUUCAAAUAUAGGUUUUAUAGAAACUUGAAUCAUCAGUGUAUAAUUUUUCUACCCUCAGGAGAGCAAAAUGUCUACCUCAACGAGGGUCGGGAGCAGGAUCAUGAGGUGCUGGAGGAGCUUGUGCACCCUCAGUAUAAUGCCAGCAUCAGCUUAUACAACCAUGACAUUGCACUGCUUUACCUGGCAAGCGCCAUCACUUUCACCGCCACAAUCAGACCUAUCUGCAUCGGGCCCAAAGCCUUUACUGAGGCCCUGGUAAGGGAGUCCUCCCCGGCUACAGUCAGCGGCUGGGGGAGAACCCGCUUCCUUGGAGUAACAGCUGUUAAUUUGCAGAAGGUGGAGGUUCCCUACACUGAGCGAACAGAGUGUAAGCGCACCAGCAGUGCCAGGAUCACUCCUGUCAUGUUCUGUGCAGGAUACUAUGAUGAGGAGAAAGAUGCCUGUCAGGGGGACAGUGGAGGCCCCCAUGCCAACAAGAUUUAUGACACCUGGUUCCUGACAGGCAUCGUGAGCUGGGGAGAAGAGUGUGCAAAAGAAGGAAAAUACGGUGUAUACACCCGCUUGUCCCUUUAUUACCGCUGGAUAAACCAUAUGAUGGGAUUAUCUAGGCACAGGCUGGCUCUGAAUGUUGAAGAACCUGACCCUGAAGAUUAAACAUCAAAAAUAUAUAAAAAAUGUAACUGGUUUACAUAUGUACAGCAUGUCUAAUAAAAAAACAAUGUGUAUGCCUGAUGCUGUUUUAAUUCAAAAACUGGAAUUAAACCCACAAAUCUGAUGAUAA